AUGCUGGACGUGUCAACGGUUCGCGAAAGUCUCGCUCAAGUCUCGCAGUCCACACGUGUGGCUAUGCGAUGCUUGAACGGUGGUAAAGACUCUCAUGAUUCUUCUCUCCGGGCUCUCUCAUUGUUGGUCGACAUUUUGGACCUGCUUUAUCGGAUAAAAGACGAGAUCAGCUGGUCAGAGGAGAAAUGGUUUGUCGCAGUGGGUCGCCUCAGGGCCCUUGGGGAGCUGCUCGGGUGGCUUCGGUUGAACAUGAAAUCAAUCGAGCAUUACUUCCAGCCAGGGGGAGUUGGGGUUUUCUACUUCAGGAAACAUCUCCUAGAGCAGACCUACAUCCCCAAGUUGGAACAGUUCAAAAUUAUGUUUCUACUGGCCCUCCAGCCCGAUUCAGAGGAGAGAUCACGUCUAGACAAUGAGAUAAGAGAUCAGUUACGGAAACAUCGAGAUGUCGAGGCCGUCAAUCUCAACGCCGACUUACAAUUCGAGGAGGAAACCCUUGGCAUGGUUGGUCGGCGUUGCUCUGAACACUUUAUUGCACUGGCAGACCUUUGUAAUCGACGGCAGAAGGGAUCGUGCGCUUGGAUUUUUGAAAACUCGCAUUUUAAGCAGUGGCUUCUUGGGUCUAUGAGAACGAUUUAUUGUGUUGGACCGGCUGGCGUGGGCAAAACAUUUCUUUCCUGCGUCAUUAUCGACUUCUUGCAAAGGACUUUCACAUCUCCCGACGUUGCAACAAUUUUUGUCUUCUGUCAGGAAGAAAAUGGCAAAGAGCGAACGUCACUAGAUCUCUUGAAGGAUAUAUUGGCGCAGCUUGUGUAUCGCAAGCGAAGCUUGUCCUACGUCACAUCGUCUCUCUAUCAAUCAGAGGCACUGAUCGAGGGUAGCGCUUCCCCCAAAGCCUACCAAAAUGCGAUUCGGGCAGAAAUCAACCGUUUCUCUAAAGUCUUAUUCAUUAUCGACGGCCUUGACAUGCUAUCAGACAAAGAUCGGCUUUUGGGUCGGCUCCAAAAGCUUCCAGAGCAGGCCCAACUUUUGAUUACUCUUCGAGAAAUGAGUGAUGCAAAACCAUCAAACAACUUGGGCUAUGUGAGCGUCAUUGCGCCACCGGAGGAUAUUGGCCUCUAUACACUUGAAAGAACACGUACAGACCAUGGCCUUCGUCUCGUUCUUGGGGGGAACUCUCCCGAUCUUGGCUUAGAGGACAAUAUUGUCCAUUCAGUAGUUCAAAGGUCCUACGGGAUAUUUCUGCUUGCAAAACUCCACCUUGAUCUUCUAUCGCAAUACACGGACCGCAGUCUUCUUGAACGAGCCCUAAUGCAUCUCCCUGGAAGUCUCAGUGAAGCCUACGGGGAAGCUAUGAAACAGGUAAUUAGCAGAAGCUCAAGUGCGAACCGUUACAUUUAUUGGGCUCUCUACGCCCUCAGGCCUCUUUCUGUUGCUGAACUCAGGAGUGCUAUCGGGGCGUGUGAACCGGCAGAGGACCAAGAGUCGACUUCUUUUGAACAUUCGCUUCAAGCGCAGAGUGCCGGGCUUCUGACUGUCGAUGGGGUGUCCGGGACUGUACGCUUUGUUCAUAGAACAGCGAAGGAGUACCUGGCAGGCUCUGCUUCUCGUGUCUUCUUUCCUGGGGCACAAAAGGAAAUUGCCGAGGCUUGUUUGACAGUCAUUACCCCUGACGAUGUGGUUGACGAGUGUUAUAUCAACAGCACUGGUACAUCUCGAGCGUCAAAGAAAGGAUUCCUCGAUUAUGCAGCCACAUACUGGGGUUAUCACGCCAAAGAGGUCGCGGACGAAGAACAGACAAUACAGGUGUUGAUAAAAACAUUUCUGAAUAAGCUUCUGUGGAGACGACCACCCCUUGACUUUGACAUGGGACAAAAUACGAGCAUACCCUCACGACUGGGCAUUGGAAAAUAUCCACCCGACUGGAGCGGUCUACAUUUACUUUCGUUCUUCGGAAUCGUUGGUAAAGCAAGACGCCUUCUAGAACAGGGUGCUGACAUCAACAGUCACCACAACUCCCUUUCAAUAGCUCCAUUGCACUGCGCAGCUUACCAAGGCAAUGAUGAAAUGGUUGAUUUUCUUUUGGAGAGCGGAGCCGAUCGCAACGUAGCCACCAAGGAUGGACAAACGGCUUUACACCUAGCAACUCAGAACGGCCAUCGAAAAUCCAUGCGAACUCUCUGUUUAAGACGUGUGGACACUCAGAUCGCGGAUAAAAACGGAGCAACUAGUCUUCACAUGGCUGUAGGAACAGCCACCGAUGAAGCAACGGUUCCACUUCUGGUCAAAAACAAAGCGGACGUGAACAUUCAAAACGCCCAGACUGGAAAUACUGCUCUACAUCUUGCAGUGGAAUGGAGGCGGCCUCGGAUCAUCCUAUUUCUUCUGGAGAAAGGCGCAGCCAUUGACAUUGCUAACAAUGAUGGGCUCACACCGCUCCAACUGGCAGCAACAAUUGACAAUUGUGAGGCAAUCACUUUGCUAUUACAACAAUGCGCUCAAGUAGAGGCUCGUUCUUUAGCUGGACCAACUGCCCUGCAGUAUGCUGCGUGGAAGGGAAACUGGGUCGCCUUUGACCUCCUUCUCAUUGGCGGAGCCGAUAUCAAUACAUGGAACAAACAAGGGGAGACCCUACUCCAUGAGCAAGCUCGAUACGGCUCAGCAGUUUCUAUUGCUUCGAAAUUAUUGGACCAAGGAGCAAACAUCGAGGCUCGUACGUCACAGGGCUACACACCCAUUCAAUGUGCCGCGAUGAUGGGAAACAAGACUAUGUUCCAGUUUCUACUAAAGAGAGGUGCCAAAGUAGACGUCGAGACCGCAAAAGGGGAAACACUUCUUCACAUUACUCCACCUGCCAAUCAAGACUGUCUGGACAUACUGAAGGUUGUUCUAAAUGAAGGUAUCAACGUCAAAGCAACUUCAAGUUCAGGCUGGACACCCCUUCAUCAGACUGUCUAUACUGGGACAGGCUCCCCUGAUCUCACAUCCGAUAAAACGGCAGAAUACAUCCAAUUGCUUUUGAAUCGAGGGGGUUCGAUAAAUGACCGUUCCCUCUCAUCUUUAGCCCAAACACCUCUUCAUCUGGCAGCCAUUGCUCCAAUCCCCAGACCGACCCUCGUUGGGUUGCUCAUACAGCGAGGCGCUGAUGUCAAUUCGGUCACUGGCGAUGGGAAAACUGCCAUUCAUCUCGCUGCAGAGCGUGGGCGAGAGUCAAUUUUGCGCCUUCUACUCGAGGCCGGUGCUGAUCUUUCAAUAAAGGUCCCAACCGACAAAUUUUCCGAGAAAGGAGACAAGGAAACCCCAAUAACCGCGAUCGAUUUAGCAAAACAAAGGCCAUUCGCCGUACUUCUCUUUGACGAAGAUGGGAAAUUGCACCCGAGAUCAUCGAGAAGCCGCCCAAACAGCUCGUCAACCAUCAUUGACGACAUAGAAUCGGACAUGUAUGAAUCGGAGACGGGGGAGUCGACGUUGGUAGGAAGUGAGCAGCAUUACAUCGUGGUUUGA